GAGUGGGUCUUGCCCAUGCUCACCACACGUGGCAGCCUCCCGCUGCGCAUAAGAUCGCAGACUGUGGCUGACAACCCAGAGGAGCUAUCUGGUACGGAAGGAUUCUAGGUCUUAUGAUCUGUAUGCAAAGUCCCGCAGUAGGCUGCCGCGCCUUGAUGAGCACGAAGAACCUCGCGGACAUUGGUCGCCGCCAUCACUAUCGCUCAGAUAUUGCUAGACGAAGUGCAUGGGGAGGUGCAUUGGCUGGUCGAUCAUAUGUGGGGCCACUCCUGCGACUGCGACACCGACUGAAAACUUGGAUGCGAAACACCAGCCUUUCACCCCAGACGUUCAUCGCACAUGCGGAGGCUUGGACUUCCCAUAAAAUCAACAGCAUGUUAUGAAUCUACGUCUAGCGAAUCCACUUCCGUAAGUUCUUCAACGAAUGUCUACUGUUCCCUGAGAGCAAUAGGCCUGGCACGGAGACC